CAUGAUUGUAGGAGACCAAGGACGCUCUUGGUGAGCUGAAGAGCCAGGCUGAUGUGUUGCGCAAACGCAUCACCAAGGCGACCAUGAUGUCAGAAGAGACAGACAGGAAUGGCGCCGCGGACUAUGCCGCACUCUUUGCCGAGUAUUUUUAGAUGCCAUGACUCGUGGUCUAUUUGGGGCAAGCAUGAGCAGCGAUUUGCCCCACUGUGCUGCUCAUGCAGCACUCAUAGCGCGGUGCUGAUGACUGCAAGUCUUGCAGCGAGCAUGUCUCAACCGUACCAUUUGCUCAGCGAGCUAAAAAUGUACACAGUGGCCAUUGUUUAUAGCAGAACGGGCUAUGCAUGGAAAUCAAGUUGGUCGCUUAUUUUAUUUCUCGGCCCCAAUGUCCGGGGCGACCCUUAUCGCGGGGUCGAUGGCAUAUAAGAACUCGCUAGCGGGCGGACAAAAUGUUGUUUUUCUCAUUCCAACCUUAGUUC